AUGUCGCUUAUUACCGGAAUAGGAAAUCCAAUCGUGCAAAAAGUGAUGGAUUACGCGGAGAUGUUUAACAAAUCAGCCAAUGCCUGCGGUAUGUGCAACGUUCAAGUGUCGUGUUCGCCAAGAUGCGAAUAUACGCCUGGCGGUAACUCGUUUGGCGUUGUAGAUCGCAUCUGCGACUUACCCACGGAAAAACAAGCAUGUGCGAUGACACCACAAGCUUACGAUGAGACGUACACUACCGCAGUAGACUUUCUUGGAGCGCUUGUUCCUCCAAAUAUACGAGAUCAAGUUUGGUCACUGAAACCACUGAAUUGUAUAAGUAUCGAACAAAAAUGUUUCUGCUGUUGUACUCCAUAUUUCCCAAAUCCAUGCGAUGCUCAAUGUACGCUGGAACCAUGCAGCCGAAGACAGGCUUUCUCAUCAACACAGAUCAAGAUUUUGCGACGAAAAUGGCUAGCUAAACAAGAGGAAGAGAGUCAGCAGGAUUGA